AUUUUUUGAAUAAAAGUUGAAGAAAAAAAUGAUUUCCCAUCAGUUUUUCAAAUUGUGUCCAGUAAAAAAGAAGUGAAAAAAAAAAUAAAAAAUGAAGAUUUUCUACUUUUUACUUUCCAUUAUUCUUCUGACUGUCAACAUUGUUAGCAGUCUACAAUUAGAAAAAAUUGUAACAGAAGAUGAUAUAAAUGCAGAAUUAAAACAUUUAGAUGCAUUUAUUGAUUGCUAUGGUAAUCGUUUUAAUGAAACAAUUACAAUUCUUGAGACUACUAUAGAAACAUUUAUUAAUGUUGGAGUAAGAGGAGAAAUAAUGUAUCAGAAAUUUUUUAAAAAUAUAAAUGAUUCAGGAUAUGAACUUCAAAAGGGAUUGUCGAAAAAUAUUGAAGUUAAUUUAACUGACUGUUUCGACAAGUUUGUUAAUUUUGAGGAAAAAGGUUUUGCAACAUUGCAAGAAACACGUGGUUGUUUGGUAUCAAAAACAAAUACAGCCUAUAAUAUUUCUAUUAGUGUUAAAACAACAUCUACAACACUUUUGACAACAUACUUUUCAUUCAAAACUGAAGCUGAUAACUGUUUAAAAAAUGAAGAUUCGAAUAAUAAUGAAAAAUUAAAAUGCCUUAAGAAUGUUUCAAUCAAGUCAACAUAUUUUAUGCUCAAUGAAAUGAAUAAUGGUUACCGUGAAAUUUUUAAAACGAAUGAAAAACUUGUGAAUAUACGCGAUGAAGAAAUGAAUCAAUGUUUAAAUUCAACAGAUUAUAUUGAAUUGAAUAAUAGUGAAAUUGUUCAAGAAAUUAAACAAUGCGUGCAAUGUCGACAUCAAUUAUUGUGAUUCGAAAAAGAAAAAAAAAUAUUUAUAUAUAUAUUUAUGUACAUUAUUCCUGCCGGAA